GUGGUGGUGGGGGGGAUUUCAGGGCAGUGAGAUUCUUCUACCGAAAAAAAAAAAAAAAAAAGAGCGACCCACGCCGUACGGAGCGGGAGCAGUUUGUUCCUGCAGCGAGUGAGCUCCCUGAACGCAGCAUGAGCCCCAAUGCGCGCGCUCACCUGACCCGCAAACGCGUCUCAAUAAAAAAAAAAAAAAAAAAAACUCCGGAGGCCGCGCUUCAACAGCGAGCGGCAACAUUUCUACGUUUCUAUUUGAUAUCACUUAAUGUUUGGACUCACUGGAGGUGCGCGUCACGCAGCAGGUGCGUAAGGGAACAGGUGCAGUGGGAGCAUGCGCAGUAACGAGACGAAACGUGAACUCAAACAUAAAGCUUUAACAGCAGUGAAUGAACUUUAUUGACACUGGCUGUGCAAACGUAACAAAAAAUAUAUCAUGAAAAACUAAAAGAUGCAGUUGGAGUUUAAUUUGGGAACUAGGGAACUUUUGUGAAUAUUUAAGAAUAAGACGUUGAGGGUAAAGCACAAGGUUCCACUGAGAGAAACCAGCAGAAAACUGGGCUUCUAUAAAAAAUCAGUGGUGGAUCAACUAAUGUGAAGUUGUUAUAUUUGAGGAAAUUUGGGAUCAGACUUUAAACAGCAGCUUUACACGGUUAAAUAUUCAUCCAGACUCUGGACAAUGUAAGAAGGAAGUUCAUGUGUUCUACAAACACUACAUUCCAGUUUUGUCUUUGGAUGAUGUACCUCAACCAGGAUGACUGUCCUGUUUCCAGGACGUAGCCAAACCGUGGGUUCUUGAGUUCCAGGUCAAUAUGCGUUCAGUCCAAACUCCUGGAGGAUCCAUCUGGAGGUACAGCCAGGUGUCCACAGACUGACUACACCUGCAUCCUCCUGAGUCUGUUUGUUCCCAAAAGUCCAAACUACUGAGUAUGUAAGUGUGAAGUUUGUGUAUUUGAUCUGGAUGAAACCAUCACCAGCAGCUGGUGGACGUGUCCUCACACCUGACUCCGCUCAAGAAACAGAGAUAGAAGAAUACGACUCUGGCAUUUAUUCAUUUUACUCAACUCUCAACCUUUGGAUGCUUAAGAAAAAAAAGAAGAGUUUCUCUUCAACAUAUGGAGAUAAUGAGCAGCUGUUUACCUCUGGUGAAAGACUUUAAUGUAGUUGUUGGGAAGUUCUUUCAUGGAUCAGAGAACACGCUGUUAGAUUUUACUGUACUUACCUCAUCUUUGCUGUCAAUGCAAAAUUUAAAAAUUUAAAGCAUCAACAAACAGAUCUAAAAGCAGGAAAUUCAAUGUUAUUUGACUGAGAAUUUAUUAUGUUGGUUUAUUGUGUUGUGCUCGUGUGGGAGCUCUGACAUAAAUUUGCCUCCUCGCCGUGUUACUGCCAUCUAGCAUCGUCAUAUAUCCCCCCCGUUAUUUAUAAUUAUGGUUCCAUGUAAUGGAGCCGUGGCACCGAAACCCACUUUGCCUCUGACAUUAAAUGCAUAUUAGCUUUUAAUUUAUAGCAAACAUCAUAGGAAGAAGCAGUUUAUUCAGGACCGGAUGCUGAUUAGUUUCUGAUGCUAUUUACGAGACGAGACCUGAGGACGGUGGCUGUGCUGUAGCAGCUUCACAAAGACGGAGGUCUGCACGGUGAAUGUGAAACGACGGGAAGCUUCACAUCCAGAGAAGGAGGGGGGAAGAGAAAUUCACUCAGAUCCAUCAAAGUGGGGAAGGAAUGGGGGCAAGUUGGAGAGGUGACAUCAUCGCAGAGGAGUGAAGACGGCGACGAAUGAGGCGGGAGUCUUUAACCUUUGACCCCUCAUGGAUUAAAUAUGGCACCUUGUCUGAGACGGGGAGGACGGCGAGGGAAAUCUGGGAACGCGUUCGUCUGACUGCACGGAUCGGACCUGUGUUCUUGUUUUUUGUUGUUGUUCCUUUUAAGUUCCAUGGACCAAAGAUGGAAUAAGAUCUAAAUGUUUCUAAAGAAGAACUGACUGUAAUAUUCACGUCAAGGAUGGAGCAGGAUUUCACACAGUAGCAUCUCCUAUUGCUUUCAUCAGGCGAGGAUAGUGACUAAUCUGCAACUUUAAGCAAAAAAAAAAAAACAAAAAAACAAACUCCUGACACGAUCAGCCUCUGGUUCUUCUAAAGCGACGAGGCUUCGGACUUCAAACAUGGCCGCCACAGGAAGGAAGCACCUGGUGAAGGAUUUUAACCACUUCAUCACCUGUUACCUGUGUCGAGGUUACCUGAUUAAACCGACCACAGUCACCGAGUGCCUGCACACCUUCUGUAAGAGCUGCAUCGUGCAGCACUUUGAGGAGAGCAACGACUGUCCCAAAUGUGGCAUUCAGGUCCACGAGACCAACCCUCUGGAGAUGCUCAGGUUGGACAACACCCUGGAGGAGAUCAUAUUCAAGCUGGUGCCCGGCCUCAGAGAAAAAGAGGAACAGCAAGAACUUGAAUUCUGGAGGAAGAAUCAGCCCAAAGAAAACGGCCAAGCAGUGGAAACCCUGAGGUGUCAGCGGUUCGGGCUGCCCGACGUCGGAGGCGACGGCGCCGACGGCGGCGACGACGGCGACGGCGGAGCCGAGGACGACUACCACCGGAGCGACCCUCAGAUAGCCAUCUGUCUGGACUGCCUCCGGAACACGGGCCAGUCCGGGGAGAGCACAGUCACGGAUUUGAUGAAGAGGUUCAUCCGCUGCUCCAGUAGAGUCACCGUGGGAACAAUUAAGAAGUUCCUCAGUCUCAAGCUGAAGCUGCCCAGCUCGUACGAGCUGGAUGUGCUGUGUAACGGAGAAAUCAUGGGCAGAGAUCACACUCUGGAGUUCAUCUACAUGACCCGGUGGAGGCUGCACGGGGAGAACACGUAUCCCAUGGUUCUCGAGUACCGGCCACGAAUCGACUUUGGCUAAACCACAGCUGCAAGAAGAGGACCACACACACCACACACACACACUCACACACAAUAUAUAUAUAUAAAUACACACACACACACACACACACAGAUACAUGUACAUGAGAUGAUACGAGCAGCUACACAAACACACAGCGACGUGUACGUGGCCGCCAUGUGCACAGAAAGAGUUAAAUGUAUUUUUGUACAGCCAAUGAUGAAGUGCAUACGUUGUUAUGUUGAAGAGCUUUUAUGCUACAUAGAAUAAUAUAUGCUAUAAUAUAUGAUAUUUUUAAAUGUACGUCCCUGUGCCUAAAAACCUGUUCAGAUCAGAAAUGAAGUAAGAGCAUAUCUCCACUUUGCCUGUCUCUAACUCUAACUGUAGAUUAAAUGUUGAUUUUCUACCGUUC